AUGUCCGCCGUCACGUUCACCACCGGCAUCGCCCUCGCGCCCCGCGUCGCGAAAGCCGCGCGCGCGCGUCGCAACGUCGCCGUCGCCGCCAAGGCCACCCCCGAGGCGCCCGCGGUCGUCACGAAGGACGUCAAGCGCGGCCUCACGCUCGCCGCGGGCGUGACGUCCGCGUCCGCGCUCGCCGCCGGGAGCGCGAUGGCGAACGACGUUCUGUUCCAGGUCGCGGAGUUCGACGGCACGGGCGUCAUCGACGAGGAGACCGCGCUGUACGCGCUCGUCGGCGGCUCGCUCGCGAUCUGCACCGCGGUGCUGUCGCUCGUGAUCGGUUCCGACUUGUUCAUCAAGAACAUCGUGAACAAACCAUCCGACGCAUCCUCCUCGUCCUCCCGCCACUUCCGCCGACGCCCCGGCCGCCGCGACUCCCCCUCCUCGAUGCCUCGCGACGCCGCGGGCGACGCCGCGGACGCGCCGCGGACGCGCCGCGAGCGCGCGGACGACGCCGCGGACGCGCCGGCGUCGCCGUCCGCGCCGCCGCGCGCGGAGGCGGAGAUCCCAGAGUGGCUCGAGCGAUGUCGCGCCGAGGCGCGCCCGUCGUUCGACGUCUCCGCGUACCGAUGGCCGGAGAUAUUCGCCGCGCUGUUUCGCACCGAGGCGUGGGGCGCCGCGAACCACCGCGCGAUCGACGCGAUGCACGAGCUGACGGAGCUCCCGGAGACGCCGCCGACGUUCGUCAAGCUCGCGCACUCGUACCGACACGCGGGACGUAAGCUUCCGCGAGAAUGGCGGUUAGCGAUUCGGCCGGGCGAGGAGCGCCGCGCCUUCGCGAGACUCGCGGAGCACUCCGCGUGGCGCGAAUUCGAGGAGACGUACGAGCGGUUCGUGAAGCGCGAGAUCGCGCCGCUGUGCGGCGACGCGGAGGGCGUCGUGUAUCAGUGCCCGCCGACGCUGCGGUGCGCGAUGCCGUCGCGCGCGCCGACGAUUCUGAUGCACCGCGACGGCGACUACCCGCGGCAUCAGCCGUGCGAGAUCAACUUCUGGGUCCCGAUCACGGACGUGUGGGGGAACAACACGCUGUGGAUCGAGUCCGCGCCGGACGUCGGCGACUUCGCGCCGGUGGAGAUGAAGCACGGGAGUUUUCUGCGUUUCAACGGGCACGACGCGAGGCACUUCACGCGGCCCAACGACACCGGGAAGACGAGGGUGAGCUUCGACCUUCGGUGCGUCCCGGUGAGUCUGUACAAGCAGCACGGCGGCGGCGUCGGGCGCGCGAGGGACAAGGGGAAGAUCGGCGACUACAGAGCGAAGCGGACGGGGCCGGUGACGCUCCGGCCCGCGUGACGAGCGGACAGCCGAAACCGAAACCGCGGCAACCUUAUUUAGUCAUCCAAUAGAUAGCCCUACGUGUACAGUAGAUAGUCUAUCAUACAGU